GACAAAUACAAACAUAUUCUUCACCCAACGCACGAACAGUAUUCCGACAGCUCAAGCAUCGUCAAUUCGUCCCAACACAGCUAUUGCGUCGCACCCAUCCAGCCUCCGGUCAACCUCGGAUCCUCGUGCAACAUCUUCAGAUCCCCCCAACGCUCGAAAAUCAACAUGGCCUUCAAACGCAAGCGUUCCGACUCGGAGCUCUUCGCCUCUUUUAACUCGCCCGCCGGCUCCGACUCGAGCAUCGAGUCCUUCGAGUGCCCCGUCUCCCCGAGCCCCGUCUACCCACGCGCCUACGUGACGCCCUCGCAUCUGCCCAGCCGGACGAUGAAGCGCUUCCGCGAUAACAGACCGUCCGAGAACCAGAUCCAUCAACGUACCCUCAACAUGCUGUACUCCGCCCAGCAGCAGAACCACCACAUCACCAACCAACUCCGCGACGCGAACCUCGAACCAUCCUCCCCCGCCCCGGCCGUGCGCAACACGCAGCAGUCCCUCCACAGCUUCUGGAACAUCAAAUCCGCCGCCCCCAACCUCUCCGCAGCCUCGGCCCCGCCGGUAGAUCAGGCGACGCUCUGCCCCAUCAGCUGCGACGACUGCGGCGCCGGGCUGGGCGCCUCGGACGGCAGCGCGCCGGACGGGAUGGACGUCGACGACGCGUACGCCUACGGCGGAGGCUUCGAGGCGAAUCACGCCUGCGGCGCGUGCGGCAGGCACGUCUGCUCGCACUGCUCCAUCACGAACCUCGGCGAGCAGCGGCGGUGUCUGCGGUGUGCCGGUCGGACAGCCUGGGGCGACGGGAGCCGCGCCGGCUUGUCGAUGUCGUCGAUGCGCAUCUGCUAGGUAUCACGGUUGGGGGAAAAUCUGGUUUCUUCGAGCGACUUUUGGGCGUUAGUGAGUGUUUUGGUGCAUCUGGAAACGUGUUCCGUUUUGGCUCUCGGGUCUUGCUGGAUUGGGGACCGGCUUUCUUGGGUGGCAGAGAUUGGUCUUUGGUUUGGCGUCGGAAUAUAUACAUCACGAGAUACCACAAUACAUCGAGCAUGGCAGU